GAUUGCCGUGAAUUCGAAAACCCAUAUCAUUAUCAGGCAGUCCUCUCCACAGCCACUCCAUUUCGUUUCCUGUUUCUGGGCAGGUCUACAAUUUCCUGCUGGCAGAGUAAAUUGGUGUAGCAGAGUGGUUUCUGCUGAUACUGUUGGGACUUUUUCAGAAUAGAUCUAGUGUUGGAUUAGAAGAAGUUUGAUUGGUGGAUUUGUUUGGAUACUUCUGUGACUUUUUGAUUCGAUUUGACGUUAUAUGUGCUGGGUUUAUUCAUUUUUUUUAUAUCCCUGUGUUUCAAUUCAGUGGACGUAUUAAUUAAACGGUUGCAAUCUGUUUUAGUGUUGUUUGAAAAAAAAUGUUGUAAGAGGUUUACGGCACUUGCAACACAAUAAGGUUAUAUCAAUGCCGAAGAUUCGAGGUUUUACAAAAGAAUAACGAUCACAAAAAUGAAGUAGGGGAGAUAUUAAGGACCGCAGAUGUUUGGUAGGAAAGAAGCAGCAAACCACACCAGAGCAAUCUAUUCACAUAGAUAACGUUAAAAGACCCGAGUGGAGGAAACACAGCGUUAGUCUCAGCGACGCAAAUCUUUUCCUUACCACGUCGUCGAAGUGUUGUUGCUUGAGAUGGGAGAUUCUUGGUGACCGGAAACGCACGCAAUGUUUACUUUUGAUGAAGCUAGCGUUGGAGGGGAGUUCGAGGUGGAGAGAGGAAGCUGGACCGGCCGACUGGACUUCAUCCUGUCUGGUAUUGGCUACACUGUCGGUCUGGGCAAUGUCUGGAGGUUCCCUUACAAGGCUUUCGAGCACGAAGGAGGAUCAUUCCUGCUCCCCUACAUCAUUAUCAUGGUGGCCUGCGGUUUCCCUCUCUACUUCAUGGAUAUAGCUCUGGGACAGUUCUCCUCCGAGGGACCCAUCACUGUCUGGAAGAUGGCGCCUCUCUUUACAGGCAUCGGCUACGCAGUGGUGAUCACCAACAUGUUCGUGUGCCUGUACUACAACGUGCUCAUCGCCUACGCUAUCUACUACGCCAUGGUCUCCUUUGUCAAUCUGGACGACGAUCUGCCCUGGCAGACAUGUGGCAACUGGUGGAACACAGAGAACUGUACGGCACAGAGAUAUCAUCACGCUGGCCCAGCUACACCAAUACAGAAUCAGACAGUGGAAUAUAUAAUGGAAUCGAUUAUUAAGUGUAUGCAAAAUAAGGCAGACUCGUUCAACUAUACGGACGAACAAAUUUCGACAUUUAACAGCACAUCACUUGCCUUAAACCGAUUCCAGGAACUGAGAGAAUUCUGCAUGAGCGAUUUGAUGACAGAGCGCAACGUCAGUAGUAUGGCAAACAUAACGUCUCCUGCAGAAGAGUAUUUCAUGUAGUCCACGUCACCGCUACUGUGCCUUUCAUCUUGCUUAUGGUGUUGUUGAUCAAAGGAAUCACCCUGGAGGGUCACAUGGCCGGAAUCAAAUUCUACGUCAUUCCCAAGUGGGAGAAUUUGGUGAAUUUGAAGAUCUGGAGCGACGCGGCAUCACACACGCUCUACUCAUUGGGCAUCGGCUUUGGAGGCAUGCUGACCCUGGCCUCAUACAACAAGUUCCACAACAACUGCUACCGUGACGCCAUCGUUGUGGCUAUGACAGACUGCGUGUCCUCAAUCCUGGCUGGCAUGGCUAUCUUCUCCGUGCUCGGCCACAUGGGCCACAUCACUCACGCCAGCAUGGAAGAGCUUCCCUAUCGGUUUCAGCCCCAUGCACUGGCCUACAUCGCCUACCCAGACGGCUUGACAAGACUUCCGGCUGCCUCGUUCUGGUCUUUUAUUUUCUUCUUGAUGCUGGUCAACUUGGGCCUGGACAGUCAGGCAUCAACGAGUUCCGAAAAGACAUUAAGAUGAUGAUUGGCUUCGAGCCCAUGUACUACUGGAUCAUCACGUGGUCGGUGCUAUCGCCCCUCGUUUUAGCAUUCAUCUUCGUCAUGAUGAUAUACCAGCAAGUCAAGAGCGAGUCCAAAUUACCUCCGUGGGCCGAGGCCAUAGGACGUAUCAUCGAACUCGUGCCUAUCGUGGCCAUGUUGGUCGUGGGCGGAGUGCAGGCUUACAGAUAUGGAUGGCCUAACAUGAUAAGACGCCACAAAUCGUGGGGCCCGGCUCUGCCAGAGGACCGUAUCGGAGACGACCGAUACACCAUACGAGUUUGGAACAAGAACACGUCCUCUCUGUCCGAGGAUGACGUGAAGGUCCAUGAAAUGUUGCCGCCGUAUAGCAUUAGCAAGGACGCCACUGCUCCAGACUACAGGAAUGGUCUCGGGGUAGUGAAUCAUGGUUAUUGCGAUACAGACAACUCAUCAGUCUGAUGGGUCAUUGUGUGGCGUUUCCCACCGAUAUGAAUAAAUGUCAUUGGGACGGCCGUAAAACAAUACUUUGGUCAAAUGGGUCGUCUAUGACAGACAGAUAUAGAAAUUCAUUGGUACCAAACUCAGUGAAGUUACGGGACACACAGUGCUACAAAUGAAACAGAGAGAGAGGGA